GGUGGGCUGUGUGGGGAGGGCUGAUGGGACACGGCUGGGGGCAGGCGGCCCGCAUGAGCCCCCUCUGCAACCCUUCUGGUCUGGGGAGGGUGGUUGUGGCCAGGGCGACAUGGGGGUAAACCGGAUGUGGACUUCGGUUUACUGGGGACUUUGGCAAACAGGAGGAAAGAAGAGGUGCCUACAGUGAAGAAGCAGCCUGGCUGCGGGCUAGGCGGGCUCUGGGUUGGGGAGGACUCGUCCGGGGCUGCGCACACCCGUUCUUGUGCCGACCGGGGAGGCGGAGAGGCCAGAAGCAGAGCUUUCCGCUGACCUUCGUGUCUGCCUGAGGCCGCUCCGGGCCACAGGUCAGGGGAGCCGGUCUUAUAUGGGGCGCGCAGGCCGCGGCCCCCCCCCCCCCCCGCCCGGAGACACUCAAGGUCCGUGCGGUGGGGGGCGGGGCCGGGGCGGGGCCACACGCUCUGCCGGGCAAUGCGCACUCAUCGGCCGUCCCUCCCGCCGCGCUCCUCGGGACGCCUGGCUCAAAGCGCUCGGCGGCUCCGAUGUUGGCGCCCCGGGCCAAAGAGCCCGCGGACCCCAUGUCCCAGAACGAGGCCGACCUGGGCUUGCGGCCCCUCGGGGCCUCAGGGCCGCCCCGCUCUGGGCCCCCUGCCCGCCGUGUGCGCCGCUUCUCCGGCCGGGCUGAGGCCCGGCCGCGCGCCUCGCGCCCCGGCCGCCGCAGCUCCGUGGACCUGGGGCUGCUGAACCUCUGGUCGCAGCCCUCGGCGCCCGGCCUCGAAUCCCCGGACCUCGCGGACCCCGGCCCCGCUCGCAGCCCGCCGCCCGGCUCCCGGGAGCCCCCCGAGGGCGCGUGGCCCAGGGCCACCCCAGCACCGCCCGUGGAUUCCGCGCGCCCCGAGCUCGCUGGGACCCCCGGAGGACCGGGGCACGGGGAGCCACCGCGGGUGCCCGACGGCGUGGUCCGGGAGCGACGGCGGGAGCUGGAGGAGAAGGAGGACACGGAGACUCAGGCCGUGGCGACGUCCCCGGAUGGCCGGUACCUCAAGUUUGACAUCGAGAUCGGGCGCGGCUCCUUCAAGACCGUGUACCGGGGGCUGGACACCGACACCACGGUGGAGGUGGCGUGGUGCGAGCUGCAGACUCGGAAACUGUCCCGCGCGGAGCGGCAGCGCUUCUCUGAGGAGGUGGACAUGCUCAAGGGGCUGCAGCACCCCAACAUCGUCCGCUUCUACGAUUCCUGGAAGUCGGUGCUGAGGGGCCAGGUUUGCAUCGUGCUGGUCACCGAACUCAUGACCUCGGGCACGCUCAAGACGUACCUGAGGCGCUUCCGGGAGAUGAAGCCCAGGGUUCUCCAGCGAUGGAGCCGCCAGAUCCUCCGGGGGCUUCACUUCCUGCAUUCCCGGGUGCCCCCCAUCCUGCACCGGGAUCUCAAGUGUGACAAUGUCUUCAUCACUGGCCCCACGGGCUCUGUCAAAAUCGGGGACCUGGGCCUGGCCACGCUCAAGCGCGCUUCCUUUGCCAAGAGCGUCAUAGGGACCCCGGAAUUCAUGGCCCCCGAGAUGUACGAGGAGAAAUAUGAUGAAGCCGUGGACGUGUACGCGUUUGGCAUGUGCAUGCUGGAGAUGGCCACCUCCGAGUACCCGUACUCUGAGUGCCAGAAUGCGGCCCAGAUCUACCGCAAGGUCACUUCGGGCACCAAGCCGAACAGCUUCUACAAGGUGAAGAUGCCGGAGGUGAAGGGGAUCAUCGAAGGCUGCAUCCGCACGGACAAGAACCAGAGGUUCACCAUCCAGGACCUGCUGGCCCACGCCUUCUUCCGCGAGGAGCGCGGUGUGCACGUGGAGCUGGCAGAGGAGGAUGACGGCCAGAAGCCAGACCUCAAGCUCUGGCUGCGCAUGGAGGAUGCUCGGCGAGGAGGCGGGCGCCCUCGGGACAAGCAGGCCAUCGAGUUCUUGUUCCAGCUGGGCCGGGACGUGGCAGAGGAGGUGGCCCAGGAGAUGGUGGCCCUGGGCUUGGUCUGCGAGGCUGAUUACCAGCCGGUGGCCCGGGCAGUGCGAGAGCGGGUCUCCGCCAUCCAGCGCAAGCGCGAGAAGCUGCAGAAAGCUAGGGAGCUGGAGGCCCUGCCACCCGAGCCGGGACCCCUGCCACUGACUGUCCCCGUGGCUCCAGGUGCCCCUGAGCCCGAGGAGCCGGAGGCCGACCAGCACCAGGCUUUCCUGUUCCGCCACGCCAGCUGCUCGUCCACCACCUCGGACUGCGAGACUGACGGCUACCUCAGCUCCUCUGGCUUCCUGGACGCCUCAGACUGUGCCCUUGCGCCCCCUGGGGAGGUGCCCUCCAGCCCUGCCGAGCCCCGGCUCCAUCUGCCUCCAGCUUUUGCUGUGUCCAUCCCACGUUCCGGCCCCGGCAGUGACUUUUCCCCAGGGGACAGCUGUGCCUCAGAGGCAGCGUCAGGCCUCAGCGACCUGGGCGAGGGCAUGGGGCAGAUGCGGAGACCCCCAGGGAAGACUCCCCGGCGCAGACCCCGGUCCCGGCUGCGGGUCAUGAGUGUCUCAGACCAGAAUGACAGAGUGGUCGAGUGCCAGCUGCAGACCCACAACAGCAAGAUGGUGACCUUCCGGUUCGAUCUGGACGGGGACAGCCCGGAAGAGAUCGCGGCUGCCAUGGUGUACAACGAGUUCAUCCUGCCCGCCGAGCACGAGGGCUUCCUGCGGCGCAUCCGGGAGGUCAUCCAGCGGGUGGAGAUGCUGCUCAAGAGGGACUCUGGCCGCCCCGCCGAGGCUACUGAAGACGCCCCGGGCCCCCAGGAGCAGCUGACUCCCCUGCCUGCCCUCCAGGACCUGCCCCGAGAGCUCCAGAGCAGCACCAGCCCAGGACAGCAGAGCUGGGCUGCCUUCUCCACCUCGCCGCCCCCGCCCGGCACGCCCUCGUCCCCGGCAGCCCCCGUCUUCCCCGUGGCUUCUCCCCCAUGUCUCGCCGGACCCUGUGUGUUCCCCCCCACUUCUGCCCAGCUCCCCGGCUCUCCCUGCUCCGUCCCCUCCCCCUCCCCCUCCCCCUCCAGUGCAGUCCAGGCCCCAUGUGCUCUGCUUCCCCUGGGCUCUCUCCCCAGCAGCCCCCAGGGCCCUCUGAGCCCCCCUCCUCUCCCUCUCUGUCCCUCCCCUGCCACUGCAGCCCCACUCCUUUCCCUGGCCAGUGCCUUCUCUCUGGCUGUGAUGACCGUGGCUCAGUCCCUGCUCUCCCCGAACCCCGGGCUCCUCGCCCAGUGUCCUCCAGCACCCCCUGGCCCUCAGCCUGGCCUGCUGCCUCCACCUCUGCUUGCUCCUGGAGGCCAGGAGAACCUUUUGCCCUAUGUGGCCAAGGCCGAGGCAGAGAGUGAGGUGAGGAGCCCCGAAGAGGUGGGAGCCCAGUCCAGGCCACUUCCCUCCGCUCCCAGCCACACCUCACAGGCCUCCCCGAGUCCUACAUGGCCAACCCUGGGAGAAGCCAGGCUGGCACCCAUCUCGGAAGGUGAGGCCUCAGACCCAUUGUGCCCUGCCCGGCCCCUGCCCCCAGCACCCUGUGCACCUGUGGGUCCCCCUCCUUCCUCCCCGCGUCUCCCCGCAGAGGGGAAGCCCCAGCUCGUGGGGCGCUUCCAGGUGACCUCGCCCAAGGAGCCCGCGGAGCAUCCUCCCAUGCAGCCAGCGAGCCCUGCUCUCCCCAGUUCCCCCAAGCUGCCAACCCCUCCGCUGAGCCCAGAAAGCUCAGACACCGAGGACAGUGCUGGGGGCAGGCUGGAGACCAGGGAGGCUCUGGCUGAGAGCGACCGCGCUGCCGAGGGCCUGGGGACUGCGCCAGAGGACGGGGAUGUGGGGAUGGAAGCCCACUCAGGGGACAGCCCGCCAGCCCUGGCCCAUCCCAGCCCGGUAUGGGUGAACUACUCGUACAGCAGCCUGUGCUUGAGCAGCGAGGAGUCGGAGAGCAGCGGGGAGGACGAGGAGUUCUGGGCCGAGCUGCAGAGCCUGAGGCAGAAGCACCUGUCCGAGGUGGAGGCGCUCCAGGUGCUCCAGAAGAAGGAGAUUGAGGACUUGUACAGCCGGCUGGGCAAGCAGCCGCCACCGGGCAUCCUGGCCCCGGCCGCCAUGCUGUCCAGCCGCCAGCGCCGCCUGUCCAAGGGCAGCUUCCCCACGUCCCGCCGCAACAGCCUGCAGCGCUCCGAGCCCCUGGGCCCUGGGGUCAUGCGCAGGAACUCCCUGAGCGGCAGCAGCACGGGCUCCCAGGAGCAGCGGGCAAGCAAGGGGGUGACGUUCGCAGGGGAUGUUGGCAGGAUGUGAAUUCAGAACAGAAGCCAGCGUCUCCCCCACAACAGGGCCCACCAUGGCGCCUGUGCUCUCAGAAUUGGAUGCUUUUCUGACCAGCUCAGCUCAGCAUGGACCCAGGACUCGGGACAUGGGGUGUGGAGUGGAGGGUCACACACAUGGGGACUGCCACGUGGAGGUGGCAGGUCUGUAGCCCAAUCUUCAUUUCACCCCGGCUCUGGCCAAGGGCCAACCACUACACCAUCCCACCCAAGCCCAGAGGCUUCUAGAGGGCUCACUCCCAGCUGACACCAGAUUAGCAGCAGCUAAUAAAUACUGAGAUAAGGACUGUGAA